AUGAAGGAUGAGGCUACAACGGCAGAGCGUCGUCACACGGUCAUUCGGAAGAUCGUGACCCAAACACUCGGCAUUCAACAUAAUUUCACCAUUGAGCAAAACACCGUGGCAACAAAUAACCACGUCUACAUCAUAAGGUUCUCUGAGCCUAUCGAAACGGCGAAGAAAUACAAGAAUGAUACGCCCUUGACUGUGGAAAUUCCGGCUGGUACCUCUCACCUGGUUAUGCGUUAUGUGCGGCUUGAUAACAAUGUCGAGGAUUCCAUCCGCAUCCGCAACGAGGUCGCGUUCCUAACGCUGGCGCGAAAGGCCCUUGCCAAUGUUGACCCAUCGCUGGUCCCUCAAGUCUUUGACUGGGACGACGAUCUCCGUGAGGGCUACAUUAUCCAAGAGUUCAAACCCGGCGAGCAUCUAUCCUACGAUGACUUGCACGCUCUGGGGGAGAAGGACGCAAAGUUCGUGUGCAAGCAGCUUGCUGCCGUUGCCAAGGCUUUCCAAGACUACGAGAUGCCUGUGGAAGGGUAUGGAGGCCUUACCUUUGAUAACGACGGAGACAUGUCCGCAACCGAGAUCAUCUUUCGAACGGGCGGUCCAUUUUCGACGUAUAGAGACUACUUGAAGGCAGCUCUCAAAUGGCAGCUGGCUCAGAGUGAAUCUGUUGUCGGGCUCAACGGCUGGAGAAACACACCCGGCCUCCGAGAGCGGAUUGAUGCUUUCGUUGCCAACGGUCUGGACCGGGCCCUGGGCAACGUGCCUAAACAAAAGCCGACGCUGGUUCACGGCGAUUUGACCGUGUUAGACUUUGACUUUGGCCACAUUGGCAGCGCAGUCACCGAAUUCCUGUACUCGUUCCAAGAUUUCCAAGGCCUUAUCGACGGCAUCGCGGAGCCUGGGGACGGCCUACGAGACCUACUGCUCAACGGUUUCGCCGGUCCAGUGGAGGCCAAGUUUGCCAUUGGAAAGGCGUGGGACGAGGCCCUUGCUGUCCAAGGAGCCCUGCGACCCUGCACAAUUGAGGGAGCCGACGAUGUUUCAAAUUUGUGGUGGUUUGCGCAGGAGCUGCUGCAGUUUCACUGGCUGCUGCCACGAUUCUACCAGAGCCAGUCGGAGGAGCAGCUCGAGAGAUGGGUGGCCAAAUCGCGUGGCCAUAUUGAGGCAUACUUGGAACAUUGGGGGUUCUAG